UGUAUUGUUGUGCCAGCAAACACCCUCGUCUCCACACCAUAAAAGGAGGAGAGUUUCCUGGUUUUUGUCUUCCUCUAGUUGCACAAAUCCCACCUUUUCUGUCUCAAUUUCCUCUCUUUUUUUCUUAGUUUUUCAGAAGAAAUUCAUCUUGCUGCAGCUAGCUAGAGAGCUUCUGCAACAAGUUGAGUGAAAGAAACAAACAAGAGUUGUUUGUAAAUUAAGUAAGGGAAUAUUUUUGAAUAGAUUCUUCUUCCCUUUUCUUUGGCUAACUUCAAUGUCAAACAUCACAAGCUGUGAUAGUGGGAGCUUCUCUACAGAAAAUACCAGAGAAGAUGCAGCAGUUAAGCAGCAACCCGAGAUGCUCGCUCAGUUCCCUAGUCCACAUUCUCUUACUUCAACCACAACAACAAAUAACAGCAAUGCUUCCAACACAAAUUCACAACCACCUGCACCUGUUAAGAAGAAAAGGAGCCUACCAGGAAAUCCAGAUCCAAGUGCUGAAGUAAUAGCUUUAUCACCAAACACACUAAUGGCAACAAACCGGUUCAUAUGUGAAAUCUGCAACAAAGGGUUUCAAAGAGAUCAAAACCUUCAGUUGCACCGGCGAGGCCACAACUUGCCAUGGAAGCUUAAGCAGAGAACAAGCACGGAGGUUCGAAAGAGGGUUUAUGUUUGUCCAGAACCUUCGUGUGUCCACCACAAUCCUGCAAGAGCACUGGGUGACCUCACCGGCAUUAAAAAGCACUUCUGCAGAAAGCACGGCGAGAAGAAGUGGAAAUGUGAUAAGUGCUCAAAGAAAUACGCUGUUCAGUCUGACUGGAAAGCCCACUCAAAAAUCUGUGGUACAAGGGAAUACAAAUGUGACUGUGGUACCAUUUUUUCAAGAAGAGACAGUUUCAUUACACACAGAGCUUUCUGUGACGCACUAGCUGAAGAGAACAACAAAGCCAACGAAGGACAAUUACCAAAGAUAGGUCCAAACUUGCAAUGUCAACAGAUUCCAAACCUUGUUUCCUCGUUACCAAUCAACACCAACGUUGUUCCCAACCCACAACAAAUCGGUGGCACCUCGGAGUUCAACCAUGCUGAACACAAGCACCCACUGUCACUCCCACACGAGCUAAUGCCAAUGCCUGCACCAAAACCCUUCAACUCCAACACUACCAUGGCAGGAACAGUGUUCUCCAGAAGCCUCUCAUCAACCUCUUCACCGUCUCUCCAACUAAGUUCAAACAUAUUCGAGGAAAACGGGCUCCACCUGGCUGCAGGGUCGCAACACAUGUCAGCCACCGCACUGCUGCAAAAAGCUGCGCAAAUGGGAGCAACAGUGACGGAUAAAAAUUUUACCACAAACAUGGCACCGCCGUCGUUUGGGGUGCUGCAACAGCAUCCGAAUGGACAAUCCUUCAUGAACCAGUACAUGCACAGUGGCCAACAGGAUCCCAACGUUAGCAUCUCCGCUCAGUAUAACGGUUUCGGCGCAAAUGGGAUGAGUGGAGGGAGCGUUGGAAUGAACGGUGUGGACAUGUUCAACGCUAUCUUGGACCAAAGCAAGGCUUUAUCAAAGAUCAUAGAGCAAAGCAACAGAAGCAGUAAUGGAGGUGCAACAAAUGGAGGUUCAAGUGCUGCUAUUAACGUCGGUGGAAGUAAAGGAAGUGAGGAUGUGAUGACUUUGGACUUUUUGGGAAUAGGAGGUGGCGGUGGCGGCGGCGGUGGUGGCGGUGCGCAUGGAAACUUUUAUGGUGGUGCUCAGCAAGCAGAAAACGGUGCGCCGGAUGAGGUUUGGAGAAACUGGUCAAGUAAGAACGCAGGGUUUGAAUCAUUUUCAGCAACAAGUAGCAUUUGAAAGGGUGCAACAAAAUUAAACGUGUGUCUUUCUAAAGAGGAAGAUGCAUUGAAUCGUGGACAGUGGUCGAUUACCAUCAGGAGCAGGCAGUGGAACAUUGUAGAACCAUGGAUAAAAUUUGUGCUCAAAUUUUAAAAUUAAGGAUAAUGUCAAUUUCUGAAACACUUUUAUAAUACAUUUUUUAAUCUCUCUUUUA